CUCAUCUGCCAGACAAUCCAGGGCACUCCAGUCCCCUCCAAGCGGCAUCGCUCAUUAGCAUCACCCCGAAACAGCUGGGAUGAGCCACACCAGACCCCGCUAUGUCAUCGAACGUCCUGCAUAUUCGGUCAGCCUCUUUGAUGAAGAGUUCGAGAAGAAAAGCAGAAGUUACCCUGUUGGGGAAAAGUUGAGAAACCUUUUCAGAUGUUCAGCUUCCAGAUUGAAGCUCUUCCUCUUCAGCCUUUUCCCAAUACUCGCGUGGCUUCCCAAGUAUAAAAUUAAGGACUACGUUUUGCCUGAUGUUCUCGGUGGGCUCAGUGCGGGGACGAUUCAAGUGCCACAAGGGAUGGCUUUCGCACUGCUGGCCAACCUGCCUCCCGUCAACGGGCUCUACUCCUCCUUCUUCCCCCUGCUAACAUACCUCUUCCUUGGCGGUAUCCAUCAGAUGGUCCCAGGUACUUUUGCAGUCAUCAGCAUUAUCGUCGGCAACGUCUGCAACGAGCUGGCUCCGGAGUCGGACUACCAGUACUUCACCCACAACGGGACCAGCAUCAACACCACAGCCCUGGAAGCGGCCAGACUGGAGAUCUCUGCCACGCUAGCCUGCCUGACAGCCAUCAUACAACUGUGCCUGGGAUUCGUGCAGUUUGGCUUUGUUGCUAUCUACCUCUCAGAGUCUUUCAUCAGGGGCUUCAUGACAGCAGCAGGGCUGCAGAUCCUCAUCUCCGUGCUCAAGUACGUCUUCGGCUUGACGGUCCCAUCUUACACCGGGCCCUUAGCUAUCGUCUAUACAUUCAUUGAUAUUUGUAAAGGCCUGCCCAAAACCAACGUGGCCUCCCUGAUCUAUGCCUUGGUCAGUGCUGUGCUCCUGAUCGUUGUCAAGGAGCUCAACCUCAAGUACAUGAAAAAGAUCCGGAUGCCCAUCCCCAUGGAGAUCAUCAUCGUAAUAGUUGCGACUGCAAUCUCUGGCAGCUUUAAGAUGCCCGAGAAGUACAACAUGCCAGUAGUUGGGAAGAUCAGCAUGGGGUUCCCAGCCCCAACCCUGCCCAUGGUGAGCAAGUGGAAGGACAUGAUCGGCACAGCCUUCUCGCUCGCCAUCGUGGGCUACGUGAUCAACUUGGCCAUGGGGAGGACCCUGGCAGCCAAGCACGGCUAUGACGUGGACCCCAACCAGGAAAUGCUGGCCCUGGGCUGCAGUAACUUCUUCGGAUCCUUCUUCAAAAUCCACGUCAUCUGCUGCGCGCUCUCUGUCACCCUCGCUGUGGAUGGGGCAGGAGGGAAAUCACAGGUGGCAAGUUUCUUUGUGGCAAUGGUGGUAAUGGUGACUAUGCUGGCUCUGGGGAUCUACCUUGAACCCCUUCCAAAGUCUGUCCUGGGAGCCCUCAUCGCCGUGAACCUGAAGAACUCCCUCAAGCAGCUGGCCGAUCCCUUCUACCUGUGGAAGAAGAGCAAGCUGGACUGUCUGGUCUGGCUGGUGAGCUUCCUGUCCGCUUUCUUCCUGAGCCUGCCCUACGGAGUCGCUGUGGGCGUGGGAUUUUCCGUGUUGGUUGUGGUUUUCCAUACCCAGUUCCGGAAUGGUUCUGCCCUGGGCCAAGUAACCGCCACGGAUAUCUACAAGAACCCGAAAGCCUACAACAAGGUACAUGAGCUUAAUGGGAUUAAGAUCGUGACCUACUGCUCGCCACUGUAUUUUGCCAACUCAGAGAUAUUCCGGGAGAAGAUUAUAGCCAAGACCGGGGUGGAUCCGGGUAAAGUGUACUUAGCCAGGAAGAAAUAUGUGAAGCGGCAGGAGAAGGGGACAGCGCAACCACCAACAAAGCUACCGAAAUUCUUACUGAGGCAGAACAAGACCUUGUCUUUGCAAGAGCUCCAGAAAGACUUUGAAAGCACCUCUCCAACAGAUACCAACAACAACCAGACGACUGCUAACGGUGCCAGCAUCUCUUACGUCACGUUCCGCCCGCCUGCCAACAGCGCCGGGCAGGUGCACAGCUCCGGGGAGCUGGGCAGCACCACCAGCCUGCAAGGAAGCACCUUCAGCAUCAUGCCCACAGCAGACGCUGACCCUAUGGCCAUGGCACCGCCCUAUGUCAGCUUCCACACCAUCAUCCUGGACAUGAGCGGGGUGUGCUUUGUUGACCUCAUGGGCACAAAAGCACUGGGCAAGCUGUGUUCCAGUUACCAGAAGAUUGGGAUUAAAGUGUUCCUGGCCAACGUGCAUGCCCAGGUGUACAACGACAUUAGCACAGGUGGAGUCUUUGAAGAAGGAGGCCUGGACCAAAACCAUAUCUUUUUGACGAUCCACGACGCUGUUUUGUUUGCACUGGAAAAUAUCAAAGAAGUCGUCCACCCACCCAUCUUAGAAGAGAGGCCGACCCAGACAGAGCUCUCCAUCUAUGACGAGUCUGUGGAUGAAAGCAGCUCAGAGUUCAAGAACUUGGAGGAGGAGAUGUUUGGAAGCAUGUUUCGCUCAGAGACGCAGACAGCGCUGUGA